AUGGAAAGAAGAUCAACAUUCCGCUUUCGCCUUCCUUGGUCACAACCUGCAUCUGAACCUGAACCUGCAAGCAAACCAUCCACUCAGCCUAAUACCAAAACUGGUCCUAAGCGCACAACAACUCGUCAAGUGACGAGAACACGAACUGCUUCACAGCCCUCCAGCAGCACUACACCCAAAUCUAGCCCGUCCUCCAGUCCUGCAACUGAAAACUCAACUGGCAAGCAGCCACCAAGUACCACCGCAAGCACAAAAUCCAGAAAGCCUUCUUCACCCCCUCAACCUUCAGCUGAAAGCAAAGCUCCUAUCCAGUCCAUUACAAAUACAAGCCCUUUACCUGAAAGUACCUCAGUUCCUCCUCAACCUUCAGCUGAAAGUAAAACACCUAUCCAGUCUACCGCAACAAACACAAGCCCUUCACUUGAAACUAAGCAAGUUCCUCCUCAAUCUUCAUCUGCAACCAAAGCGCCUGUACAAUCCUUUACCACAGACUCUAAACCCACAAAUGCUCCAGCUAGCCCGAACUCUGAAACUCAAACCCCCACCACCCCUACAUCCACAAUAGCUCAGAGCCCACAAUCUAAUAAUCCUUCAGAAAUUGCUCCCACCAAAACUGAGUCUCAACCCUUGAUACCAUCUCAAGAACAGCAAGGCAUCACUUCUCAACCAGCCUCACCAUCUGAUGUGGCAACUAAGUCCAAUGCGUCUCAGUCUCCAUCUCGAUCCCCGCCUCAUCCAGCUUCUCAAUCACAGGAAACGAGUCCAAAAUCCUCUCCAUCACGCAAGGGUCCUCAGGUCCUUCCAACUGACCAACUUACACCAAAGGCAGCUCGCCCUGCGAGCCAGACUUCUUCAAAUCUUCCACUUGGUAUAACCUCCCAAGGUCAACCAAAGGAUCAGACAAUUGCUCAGCCAAUAUCUCGACCGAAACAAUCACAAGAGAGCUCAGAGACUUCUUCCAAAUCUACUGAAAAAGAACCAAUGCCCGCAACAGCUGGGCCUCAAUCAGAACAAAUGGAGCUUCCCAAGAAAGAGGCCAUAUCCAACACAUUCCCUGAAGCAAAAGAUAAGUCACCUGAAAAGGUAAUACAACCCUCAGAACUCUCAGAGGUGAGAUCCACUAGAGGUAUUACGGAAGGACCAUCCAAGACAUCAGAUACUUCAAGAAUCAUUGGUGAACCUAAGAUGGACAGACUGUUGGAGAUAGACACCUCCGAAACUAAAGAAGUGAAGAAAGUUGUGCAAGAGACCAGGGACAAAAUCUAUGGUGUAGGAGAAAAGGUUGGUGGUUCUCUGACAUCCAAAGAGCAGCCAAACAGUGUGUUUCAAUCAAAGCAAGCAUAUACAGAGAAGCAAGCCAAUUAUGAUGACGACCAAUUUUGGGUGAACCGUGUCUCUAAUGGGAAACAGACAAGCAAAAUUUCAUCUCAGCUAAAGAACAAAAUAGCUGCCAGUGGAAGUAAGGAAACUGCAGUUUCCGCUGAACAGGAGAUAACCCUUAACAAAGAGGUAAAAGAUAACAUCUCAAAAUUUAUUCAUAGGAUGGCAGUUGGAGAUGGAAAGCAAAAUUUGGGAGAAACACCGGUGAGUGUGAUCACCCUUGCAGGUGAUAAUAGAGGAGCAUCUAUGCAACUUGGUUCUUACUCAUCCAGAAAAGGAAGAGUGAUUCGCAUUAACAGAGGCUACAAACUGAACGCAGAUGAAAGUGCCGAUGCAACCACGGAUGCAGAGGGGAAUUCGGAGGGAAGACAACCAAACGAUGCAAGGACCAUAAAAGAUCAAGAAAUAGAGGCAUACUUAAACUGCAAUGUGCAGGGCCUCAACAACUCAAUUACAUUUGACAGUUCCGUUGAGGGAAAAAAUCCAGGUAUACAUAUGUUGUUCCCCCGUAUGCCUUCAGAACCUAUAAAAUCAAGUGAGGGAACUGGAGUGUUUGAAGCACACAAGGCUGAAUUUAAUGUUACCCCUGCCCAGAAACAAACAUACGAGCCAACAAUCAGAAGAAGAUGUCUCGAAGGCCUUUUCUUUGAACCAAAUGAUUCUGAUUCAGAUAACCCUGAAGAACCUUGGCAACAUGGUCACCAUGUUGGUGGUAUGGAGAAGAGAGAGAACGAGAUAGAUAUUCUUUGA